AUGCCUUCAUAUUUAGUUAUUGGUGGCAACGGCUUCCUUGGCCAGCAUGUUCAGGAACAGAUUCGUCUUCGUAAUGAUGGUUCAACCAUUUCUGUUUUUGACAUUUCUGAGCCUAGAGACCCAAAGCCAGACGUAAAGUACUUUGUGGGCGACCUUCGCAAGUUUGAAGAUGUUUACAACGCCCUUGAAGGGAUCACAGCUGUCAUCCAUACUGCCUCUCCUCAGCAUGUAGCUUCUAGCAAUCCUCCUCGUGAUCUUUAUUUUUCCAUCAACGUUGACGGAACACGCAAUGUCAUCAACGCAUGUCAAGAAAGAGGAAUCAAGGUACUUGUUGUCACAAGCUCAGGAAGUGUGAUCUCUACUGGUGAACCCAUGAUGAACGUGGACGAAAAUACACCUUAUCCAGCUACGCCUAUCGAUGUCUAUACAGAGUCUAAAAUGGAGUGUGAAAAGGUCGUCCUGAAGGCCAAUGGUGAAAAAGGGUUGCUGACUUGCACCAUCCGUCCGUCUGCUAUCUUUGGACCUGGCGAUCGACAGAUGAUUCCAGGUAUGAUCGAGGUCUGUCAGCGUGGACAGCAUCGUUUCCAGAUUGGCAGUAACGAAUCUUUGAUGGAUUUUACCUACGUUGGUAAUGUUGCCUAUGCUCACGUCUUGGCUGCCGAAAAACUCGCUAUUCCCAACUCAGGAGCAGCAGGCCAAGCAUUCAAUUUGACAAAUGGUACACCUAUACCCUUCUGGGACUUUGCUUCUCGUGUCUGGGCUGUCUAUGGAUGUUAUAUACCCAAUAACAAAAAGAUCAUCUUAUCCAAGGGUGCUAGUUCCGUCAUUGCAGUGAUCAGUGAGGCGAUAUACAACAUCAAACUUAUGUUCUGGGAUAAAAGCCAAGUUAAAGAAGGCCUAUCUCGUGCCAGAAUUAAGCAAGCCAUGUCUUCUCGAUACUUUAACAUCAAUAAAGCAAGAACUAUUCUCGGUUAUGAACCCCAGAUUGGUUUAGAUGAAGGCAUCAAAUUGAGUGUAGCUUGGUUUAAGGAGCAUCAAACAUAA